AUGACCGUCGAGCCCAGCUUCAAGGAGCACGCAACACUGAACGGGCAUUCUAGGAGUGUCACGUCACUCCGCUUCUCCCCCGAUGGGAAGACGCUCGUCUCGGCUGGUGCCGAUGGCUUUGUGCACACCUGGGACGCGGAAUCCGGAGCCCACCAGCGGAGUCUCCGCGCCCACCGUACGGGAAUAAACGAGCUGGACCUGUCCCCUGACGGUCUCUACCUGGCCACAGCAAGCGACGACACAUCGGUGCGAGUGUUCAGCUGCGACCCAGUCGUAUCGGACCGCUCAGAGCCCCUGCGAACACUGACGGGACAUACAGCACCCGUACUCUGCUGCGCAUGGGGGCCAAGGGGUAACCUGAUCGCGACAGGAAGUUUCGACGAGAGCGCCAUCGUCUGGGACGUGCGACGAGGGACGGCACUGCGGAGUUUCCCAGCGCAUGCCGAGGCGAUCUGGACGAUCGGGUGGGAUUCGGAGGGCAGUUUGGUGUUGACAGGAAGUGCAGAUGGACUGAUCCGUCUCUGGGACAUCACGACAGCGCAGUGUCUCCGCACACUUGACAACGAGACAAACUCGCCUGUCGGGUCUGCACGCUUCACGCCGAGCUCAUUCUUCAUCCUCUCAGCGACUUUAUCAUCCACGAUAAGAAUAUACUCGCUGUACAACUCGAAGGUACUCAAGACAUUCCGUGACGCCGACUACGUCAGCGAGCGGUAUCCCUCGCCAGCUCUCGUUUUCGCAGCGCAUGCAGAGGAGACCAUGGAGGUGACAGAGGUCACGGAGGUGAGGGAGGAGGAACGCGCGGCGUGCGUGAUCGCUGGCAGCGAGAAAGGCUGUGCUGUCAUCUGGGAUCUGCAAGAUCGAAGAGUCCUGCAGACGCUGAAGGGGCACAACACGCCGGUCGUCGCUGUUGCUGUGGACCCAUCAGGGAAGAGGGUAGCGACGGGCAGCAUAGAGCCCGAGGCCACGAUCAAGCUGUGGCAGUUGUAA